AUGCGAAAGCUGGGGCCACAUGGCGUCCGAGGUCUCGCGGACAACUUCAACAAGUUCAUCCGUGACUCACUCGUCAACCACGACGACGAGUCGGACCACAACAAGCCAGACAACAACAAGCGUGACGGCCUCUUCCACAUCAAUGACCGUCACCAGCAGCACAUCAUCUUCCGCGACGAAGACGACGUCGACGGAAACCUCCAGCACCAG